UCACCUGCCAAGUGGGCCCACCAUCCAACUCGAUCCCGAUCCCCCCUUCAUCGCGCGACGGUUGACGUCUCCGACGCCGGCGAUCUCCUCCUCCUCCUCCGGCGAAAGCUUCCCCCAUCUCGUCCCCUGCUCCUCCUCCUCCGCCGCCGCCGCCGCCUCCAUGAAUUACAUCAUCGGAGCCUUCAAGGCGCCCUGCGAUGUCUUCAUCACCUUCGCCGACGAGAGGAGCCGGAAGCAGGUGGCGAUCAAGAAGGAUAACGGGAAGACGGUGAUGGUCCCGGUGUUCGAGAGCCUGGAGACGAUUGCAGGAGAGGUGUCGAUAGCGCCAGUUCCAGGUAAAAGGGUCGAGCACCAAGGUAUCAAGAUCGAGCUGCUGGGUCAGAUAGAGCUGUACCAUGAAAGAGGCCACUUCUAUGACUUCACUUCAUUAGUCCGUGAGUUAGAGGUCGCUGGUGAAAUCUAUGAAAGAAAGAUUUAUCCAUUUGAGUUCUCUACUGUUGAGAUGCCUUAUGAGUCAUACAAUGGAACAAAUGUCAGAUUGAGGUACAUCCUGAAACUUACAAUUGGCAGACCAUAUGCUGCUAAUGUUGUAGAAUUUCGAGAUUUUUGUGUAAGGAAUUACACUCCUCUCCCUACAAUUAACAAUAGCAUCAAGAUGGAAGUUGGAAUUGAAGAUUGUUUGCAUAUUGAAUUUGAGUACAGCAAAAGCAAGUACCAUCUCAAGGAUGUGAUCGUGGGAAAGAUCUAUUUUCUUCUUGUCAGAAUAAAGAUAAAGAACAUGGAGCUUGAGAUUCGUCGGCGGGAAUCAACUGGAUCAGGGCCUGGCACAUAUAUUGAGACUGAGACACUUGCAAAGUUUGAGCUGAUGGACGGCGCUCCCGUUAGAGGUGAGUCUAUUCCAGUAAGACUCUUCUUGACACCAUAUGAGUUGACACCGACAUACCGCAACAUAAACAACAAGUUCAAUGUCAAGUACUACCUUAACCUGGUUCUUGUUGAUGAGGAAGACCGGAGGUACUUCAAGCAGCAAGAGAUCACAAUGUACCGCCUUCAAGAAACUCCAGAAUCUUCAUAAACUCAUGUUGCCCUGACUUGGUACCAACCAGAAAAACCUGCUCUUUUCUGGCGUAAGCGAGCGUCGGGUAGCAGCCUAGCAUGAUGUGCCUUCCUGUAUAUAACUCUCCAGAUGAGCAAUGCAGUUCUGAUGUACCGUGUGCUUGCCUAUGUUUUUUUCUCCCCGUUUACCCCUUCAGUUGGAUUAGGCAACAACCAUGACAAUGCUGCCAUUGUUGGCAUUUUCACCUUGUUCACUUGCUCUUUCUUGUUAGAAAUCUUGGGAUAACUAUAUUUGUUGAUAUUUACUUCAUUUCACCUUUUAAGUUCAUUUGAACUAGAUAUGGUCUCCCAAGUCCAAAGAUGUGCUACUGGACAAUAACCACUGUAAGGAUAUUCACUGAAUUAUUGCAUGUAUAAUGUGUUAUAAGUCAA